CCGCCCCGGGGGCGGCCGCUCCCCGCCCCGCUCGGCGCCAUGGCGGGCCCGUGGCGGGGGCUGAGGAGGGCGCGGGGCUGGGCGGCCCUGGCGGGGCUGCGGGCGAGGACAGACAAGUUCGGGGGUGUGAGCGUGGAUCUGGGCGAGCUGCGCGGCUCCCCGCGGCUGGACCGGGCCGCCUUCGGGCGGUGGCUGCUGGAGUCCGUGUCUCAGUGGCGGGAUGAAGGCCGUGUUGCUGUCUGGCUCCAUGUCCCCAUCCUCCAGAGCAGUCUUGUGGCAGUGGCUGCUUCCCAAGGCUUUGCUUUCCACCACGCUGAGCAGGGCUCGUCCACCCUGACGCUGUGGCUGGGAGAGGGGCCCAGCAGAUUGCCAGGGUUUGGCACACACCAGGUGGGGGUUGCAGGUGCUGUUCUAGAUGAAAGCACUGGAAGGGUGUUGGUUGUACAAGACAGAAAUAAGACUAUAAACGCAUGGAAAUUUCCAGGAGGUCUGUCUAAUCCAGGAGAAGACAUUGGAGACACAGCAGUUCGAGAGGUUUUUGAAGAGACUGGCAUCAAGUCAGAGUUCAAGUCCAUCCUAAGCAUCAGGCAGCAACACGAGCACCCUGGAGCCUUCGGGAAGUUAGACAUGUACAUCAUCUGCCGCAUGGAGCCCACCUCCUUCCACAUCAGCUUCUGCCAGCACGAGUGCCUCCGGUGCGAGUGGAUGGACCUGGAGGAGCUGGCCAGGACGGAAAACACCACUCCCAUCACCAGCAACGUGGCCAAGCUCCUACUGUUCGGGUACCGGGAAGGGUUUGAUAGGAUUGACAUAACCAUGAGGGAGUUCCCAGCUGUGUACACAGGCCUGUUCUACAAGCUCUACCACAGGGAGCUGCCCGAGUCCUACAGAAACAUGACAUGAUAGCAAUACAUUUCACAUUUCCUUAUAGUAAUAAUUUAGAACUAUUGCAGUGUUGCAUAUUAUAGUUAUCUGUGGACUUAUUUUUAGGUAAUUAUUAGAACAUAAUUAUUCUCUAAUAAGCUACGAUAUAAAUUAUUUUUAAAGGUAAUAAUUGCUAUGAGUGUGCAUCAGGUUUGUUCUCCUCUACUCCAUAAAGCAAGCAUAAAGUAAAUAAAAUACAUAGGUACCUAGAAGAAAACAAAAGUGUUACUGAUCCUGAAAAUAUAUUCUGCAAGUCAUUUUACCUCCACACACACUGGCACAAUAGGUUUAAAGAGCAAUAUAAGGACAGUAUGAAACAUUCAUGGUUUAAUCUGGUAUCUGUAAAAGUAGUUAAGAGUAUCAGCAAGUAAUUGCUUAUAUUUGGCUACUUUGGAGAGGAGUAGGAAAGGCAACAUCUUUCGUGCUGUGUG